AUGACGAUUGCAGACCCUGUCGUGCAGCAGUUUGCUGAGCACUUGAACGAAUUAUAUGAUGAUCCCUAUGUGGAACCAGAUAAUCUUCUAAUUAACGAACUCGAAGAUAAAAUACGCUACGAAAAUCUUGUCCAACAUGACAGCUCUAUUCUUGUCCAAUUAGCACCUACAUUACUAAGAAUAAUCAAUUCGAACAAUACCACUGGAAUCACAAAAAACUAUGCGAUAAAGUUUUUAGAUAUUUUAUUGCCACAUUAUUCGUUUAACCAAAUAUUAUCGGUAUUUAGUGAAGAUCUUUUGGUAAAAGCGUUUCAAGGGAACGAUAACUUGAAACGUGUUAUUGCAAAAACUCUGAUAAAAGCCGAUCCAGCUAAAGUAUCACACGGACCAUUGUUCCUAUGUUUGUUCAAAACCUUUGCCAACCCUUCAACUGAACUAUCCACAAUUAAUGAAGUGCAAAAGGCUAUUGUUGCUUUGACUUUAGAAAGUGACGAAAUUAGACAAAUGUACCUUAAUAAUACAGAGAUAGUACAAAUUCUUGAAGAGAUGAAACAUAAUAAGGUCGUUCAAUCUAGGGUAAUUGAUUUGGUAUGUGAUAUCUUGAUUGUUAUUCCACAACUACCGACUUCGAUAUAUUUAGUUGGAGAAGAAGAAUUGGCCCGUUCGAAUGAUCUCUUGUUUUAUCGCUUUUGCGUGGGUACUUGGAGGACACUUUUACAUCUGAUCCAUCAGGACGAUUCUUUGCGAUUUCUGAAGGAAAAGCUGAGGCCCCAAAUAGAUUUUGGUAGCCGAAGAUUUGUGGGUGCCCAGACUUUGCUUGAUGAUAAGGAUAUAUUUGUUGACUAUGAUGAUUUUGGAAUAGUAUAUUUCUUAGUUACAUUAUCAUUCGUUUUUCCAGACUUUUUCAAAGAGUUCGAUGAAAGAUAUCAUCUGGUUGAUUAUGCUGUUGAAACCUACCGUCACUACCUAAAGUCAGUCAACUUUCUCGCUAGCCUCAAUACGAUAUUUUUGAGGAACAAUGAGGGCUUGUACCGAAAUUUCAAAUUGUGCAACAACUCUGUCAAACUUUUUUGUCACCUAUUAAAUGACAAAAUAAUUUUGGAGCAGAAACUAACUUUGCAUGAAUUUCCACCCUCUAUUUUCGACAAACUAGUUUUUGAUGAUCUUUUCACAAUCUUUGGAACACUUUGUGACUCGGAGUGGAAAAUUGAAAAAAUGGUUAAUGAUUGGAGUAAUAUUAUUGAAAAAGUCAUUGACGUAGACAUAGUGAACGAUGUUAACAUCAACUCACAUCAUCUCGAAUCCUUUUUGAAAGCUAUUGCCAAGUCGGGAAUUCCUUUAGGACGUCUCGAGUAUCCAAUAGACGAAAAACUUGAGAAAUUGAAAAAGCAAACUGGAGUAUCGGUAGAAGAGCCACUAACUGAAUUGAUGUAA